AGUUAUUAUUAGUACAAAAUGUUGUUCAAAUUUGGUGCUAUCUGGUGACGUAAGAACAGAUAAAAGUUAAAUGUUACAACAAGAAGACAUUUUGGAUUACAUGCUUGUGGUGUGUGUGGUGUUUUUUAGACAGAAAACAUGGAGUUUUGUGCAGUUUUUUUCAUGAUUUCGCUAUGGAGAACAACAUUAACAGCAACACUCACGCUCGGACGUACUGAACCAAAACCAUUGGAAACCACAACCGAUUAUCCAGUUUAUUUCAACCAAAUGGACAGAGGACUUACGAGCAUACCCCAAGGAUCCGCCAGUAUCCGCAUGGUCAAUUUCGGCUUCAACAAAAUAACCGAUUUGCCACCUUUCGUGUUCGCCUACAAAGGAUUCGUAGAGUUACAAACGAUACAUCUACGACGAAACCAAAUAACUACAGUUAGUAAAAGAGCUUUUAAAGACUUGAAACAACUAAAAGACUUGUAUUUGCAAGAGAACAACGUCACAGGUUUGGAAUUGAAUACCUUCAAGUCAAAUUUCAAGUUGCGUAAAUUAGAUUUAAGCGGUAAUAGAAUUCGAUUUCGUAAUAGACCUUUUUUGUAUUCGAAUUCUUUGGAAACGUUGAUUCUGAGCGACAACCGGAUAGAUCAGAUUUUUGAGGUUACGUUUAACAAGCUACCGAAUUUGAGAUAUCUGGUUAUGAAUUCGAAUGUUUUGUUUUCUAUACCCGAUGGUAGUUUCGUUCCUAUCAAGAAACUUGAAUAUCUUGCGUUAGCCCACACUGGGGUAUACAAAUUAAGCGAAGAAAUGUUUAAAAACGGUAGUUAUCCUAAGAUAAUCGAUUUAACGGACUCCCCUUUGGCUAGUAUGUUCAAUCCGCCAUUAACCAAAGUCAAAAAUGAGGGAGUGAUUGAUCUAAUUAGUAUAGAUAAGUACUUUUAAAUCUAAAUGCCAAAUGUCUUCAUAUUGAAGACAGUUAUACGAUAUUAUACGACAAUGUUUAUCGCAUUGUCACAGACUGAAUUUUGGACGUUACAAGUAUUAUUGUCGGAUUUGGAGGAAUCCGAGGUAAAAGAUUCAGAUGAAUGCAAAAUGAUACUGACAUGACAGUGAAGAGUUUAAAGAGAGAUUUUUUCGAUAGAUGCGAUCAAAAAUAUUACUGAAAAAAGGGUUUUUGGUUUCACGACAUAUUAAACAAUUGGGCAAUCAAAAAAAUAAACUGAUAGCCAUUAAUAUCUUACUUUUAUCUUUCCACAAUGGCGUCAAGGUCCAUUCGAUCGUGAGCUAAUUUACAUCUACUUAUACUGUCUAAAUCGAAGUGUUUCUGCUGAAUUGUUAGAUAUGCUAUGCUCCAGUUUGACAUUACGUCUCUGGGUAUUAAUUCGCACUCUUGCUUCGAAAGUUGCACAAUUCAAAAUGAAUAUAUUUUGAACUAAUACCAUGAAUGCAUCCCCAAAACUACGAAUCAAAUCUCAAAAAUUAUAUAGACACCUUCUAGAUGAUGUUAAAAUAAGUUUGAUGAUUGAUGUAGGGUUGUUUAUUAAUCACAAUUCAUGGUAUUAACUCGAAAUAUGUUUAUUUUGAGUUGUGUCACUUUAGAAGCAAGGGUGCGAAUAGGCAAAGUCAAUUGCUACUCGCUAACUUUCGGAAUGAUACUAAAAGAUCUGACGAAUGGUAAAGAGUAUGUAUUGCCACCAAUAUCGUUACUAAAUAAAAUAAUUAACAGUUUAUACCAGAUACACAAAUAAGC